AUGGCGGUGAGGAAGUAUCUGCGCAAGUGCCUGCACCGGCUGCAGAAGGGCCCCGGCUACACCUACAAGGAGCUGCUGCUCUGGUACUGCGACAACACCAACACGCACGGCCCCAAGCGCAUCAUCCGCGAGGGCCCCAAGAAGAAGGCCGUGUGGUUCGUGCUCACCCUGCUCUUCGCCUGCCUCGUGUGCUGGCAGUGGGGCGUCUUCAUCAGGACCUACCUGAGCUGGGAGGUCAGCGUCUCCCUCUCCGUGGGCUUCAAGACCAUGGACUUCCCCGCCGUCACCAUCUGCAACGCCAGCCCCUUCCAGUACUCCAAGGUGAAGCAUCUGCUCAAGGACCUGGACGAGCUGAUGGAGGCUGUCCUGGAGCGGAUCCUGGCGCCCGAGCACGGCCGCGCCAAUGCCAGCACCGCCCUCAACCUCACCAUCUGGAACCACAUGCCCCUGGUCCUCAUCGACGAGCGGGACCCUCGGCACCCCCUGGUGCUCGAUCUCCUUGGGGACCACCACAACAGCUCGGCCAACAGCAGCUCAGCCCCAGAAAAGAUCUGCAACGCCCCGGGGUGCAAAGUGGCCAUGAGACUCUGCAGCCUCCGUGCCAGAGAGUGCACCUUCCGGAACUUCAGCAGCGUGGCGCAGGCCGUGACCGAGUGGUACGCGCUGCAGGCCACCGACAUCUUCUCGCAGGUGCCCGUGCAGGAGCGGGUGCGCAUGGGCUACCCGGGCGAGCGGCUCAUCCUGGCCUGCCUGUUCGGGGUGGAGCCCUGCAGCCACCGGAAUUUCACUGCCAUCUUCCACCCCGACUACGGCAACUGCUACAUCUUCAACUGGGGCAUGACCGAGCAGGCCCUGCCCUCCGCCAACCCCGGGGCUGAGUUCGGCCUGAAGCUGCUGCUGGACAUCGGGCAGGAGGACUACGUGCCCUUCCUCACGCCCACGGCCGGGGCGCGGCUGCUGCUGCACGAGCAGAGGUCGUUCCCCUUCAUCAAGGACGAGGGCGUCUACGCCAUGGCGGGCGCCGAGACCUCCAUUGGGGUGCUGGUGGACAAGCUGGGGCGCAUGGGCGAGCCCUAUAGCCAGUGCACAGCCAACGGCUCCGACGUGCCCAUCCGAAACCUCUACAGCGAGUACAACACCAGCUACUCCAUCCAGGCCUGCAUCCGCUCCUGCUUCCAGGACCACAUGAUCCGAAACUGCAGCUGCGGACACUACCUGUACCCGCUGCCCCGUGGGGAGAGAUACUGUAGCACCCGGGACUUCCCCGACUGGGCCUACUGCUACUCUGCCCUGCGCAUGAGCGUGGCCCAGCGGGAGACCUGCAUCGGCCUGUGCAAGGAGUCGUGCAAUGACACGCAGUACAAGAUGACCAUCUCCAUGGCCGACUGGCCGUCCGAGUCCUCCGAGGACUGGAUCUUCCACGUCUUGUCUCAGGAGCGGGACCAGAGUGCCAAUGUCACCUUGAGCAGGAAGGGGAUCCUCAAGCUCAAUAUCUACUUCCAAGAAUUCAACUACCGCACCAUCGAGGAGUCCGCGGCCAACAACAUCGUCUGGCUGCUCUCCAACCUGGGGGGCCAGUUCGGCUUCUGGAUGGGGGGCUCGGUGCUGUGUCUGAUCGAGUUCGGGGAGAUCAUCAUCGACUUCCUGUGGAUCACCGUCAUCAAGCUGGUGGCCUGCGCCCGGGGCCUGCGGCAGCGGCGCGCCCAGGCCCGCUACGCCGGGCCGCCGCCCACCGUGGCCGAGCUGGUGGAGGCCCACACCAACUUCGGCUUCCAGCCCGAGCCCCCGCCGGUGCCCGGCACCCCGCCCAUCCCGGGCACGCCGCCGCCCAACUACGACUCGCUGCGGCUGCAGCCCCUGGACAUCAUUGAGUCUGAUGGGGAGGGCGAGGCCGUCUAG